AUGAGUGCUGCACCACGAUCGCCCAUCCGCACGGCGUCUGUGCUGGACUCGGCUACGGCAAAGGCGCAGGCGGCGGCGGCCAUUGCAAGAGCUGCUGCCCGAGAGAGCGGAGAGUGUGGGCUGGGGCAUGGUAGUGGUCAGGGCCCCGGGCAGGGGCAUGGCGGUGGCUUUGGUGACAGUCUGGGCUUGGGGCUGGGCCACGGGCACCAUCGCGAUGAUGACUCGGACAACACGCGGACGUCCGAGGCGAGUGGCUCGGAAGAGCCUGGCCGCAGUUGUGGGAAGGACAAGGGCAAGAAGAAGGGCAAGAAGGGCAAGCGGAGGAAGCGGACGGGCAAGCGGAGAAGGAAGAAGAUUGCUGCAAAGCACCACAACAAGCACCACUAUGUGGGCGACUACAAGCUGGUCGACCUCAUCGGAGAGGGCGCCACCUCGCUUGUCCAUCGGGCCGUUCAUCGCGUCUCGGGCGCCGUCGUCGCCAUCAAGACCAUCUCCAAGACCGCCCUCAAGCCUGAGCUCCUUGCCCGCGUAUACCAAGAGAUCACCAUCCUCACCGAGCUCGACCACCCGCACAUUGUCAAGCUGCUUGAGGUCAUCGAUGGAACCAAGGCCCUGCAUCUGGUCAUGCGCUUCUACAAGGGUGGCGAAGUCUUCUCGGUCGUCAACAAGCACGGCGCCAUGCCCGAGGGCUACGCCCGCGAAAUCGUCAAGCAGAUUGUGUCUGCGCUGGCGUACGUCCACUCCAAGGGCAUUGCCCACCGCGACCUCAAGCUGGAGAACAUUCUCUGCGACGAGACCUUUUCCAAAGUCACACUUACCGACUUUGGCUACGGUGCUUUUACCGUCACCGAGGCCGGCGAUCCGAACCACCUCUCUGCUGCCGUCGGCACCCUCUUCUACGCCGCGCCCGAAGUCAUGUUUGGCGGUGGCGAGGGCUACUCGGGCCUCCCGGUCGACAUCUGGAGCCUCGGCGUUGUUAUCUACUCGAUGGUCUGCGGCACGUUCCCCUUCAACGGCGCCAACGUCGACGAAGUCCUCGACGCCAUCCGAGAGGCUGCGUACACCGUCCCGGACUCGGUCUCUCCCGAGCUCCACGACCUGCUCGCUCGCAUGUUUGAGGUCGAUCCACAGGCGCGCAUCGACAUUGCCGGUGUCAAGGCUCACCCGUGGCUGGUCAAGAACGCGUCGGGCCUCCCCCGCCGCCGCCGCCGCAAGAAGGCCUCGGGUCGCCGCCGCGGCUCGCUCCCGCCGGACGCGCCCACUUCGCUCACCUCACCGCCGGCCUCGCCCGUCGCCGCCUCGGCUCCGCCUCCCAAUCGCGUCCUCGACGCCGGAUCGUCCCGCAAAAAGUCGCGCGUCGACGCUGCCGCCCAGCUGCCAAACUCGGCGCCGACCACGCCCUUGGGCGCCCAAGAGCGCACGACCUCGCGUGCGCUCGCCAGCGACGGCUCGCCUACCUCGGCAUCGCCGCCGGUCCGCGCACUCUACGAUGAGGGCGUGAGCCUCGACUCGUCUCGAAACGCCCGCGGCUCGUCCAUGUACUCGCUCGAUGGUGAUUCCGACGACGACGGCGAGGCCAAUGCGUCGGGCGUGUCGCUGCCCAAGUUUCUUCGCGCCCGCGCCAUGUCGCAGCCCAAGCUCAACGAGAUUGUCGACCUUGCGCCAGUUGCCAUGUCGACCUCGGAUGAGGCUCUCUUUGAGGGCUCGUGGUCGGUCUCGGUCUCGUCGUCAGCCUCGGGCUCGGGCCUUGGCGUCAAGGGCUCCCGCCCACACCGCCGCCACUACCACCACCACCACGCCAAGCGGGCCUCGGGUUCGUGGUCCUCGUCCAGCAUCUCCGAGUCGUCCGGUGCCGAAGUCCACAAGCGCCACCACCACCACAAGCACUACCACAAGACCGGUUCGUGGUCGUCAUCGUCGUGGAUUUCCUACGACGAGCUGCUCGACGACAACGAUGACCGUCCCACGCCAGAACACUCGGGUGCCGGCUCGUCCUCGGCCUGCUCGUACUACUCGAUCGACUCGAUCUCCACUUCGCUCUCGUCGGCAGACCACGCCGUUGUCACCUCACCGCACACUGCAACAGCCGAUCACGGCUCGUCGUCCAUGGCCGACUCGAACUUCCUCCGCAUCUCCACACGCUUGCAAGCUUCAGAGACUCCGGUCACCUCGGCCACUGCCUCUCCCUUUAUCUCCUCGUCCGAGGUCAGUCCGCUCAUCUCCUCGGACGAGGAGUAG